AUGGAACGAUAUGAUAAUCCGCACAUCGUGAGAAUUUACGGUGUGCGUAACUACAUGAUGGUAAUGGAGUAUGUGCAGUAUGGUUCAUUGAAUACAUAUCUGAGUGGUCUUACAGACAUCAAGAUUGAGGAGUUAUUCCUCACAGCCAUUCAAGUUGCUGAAGCAUUGGAGUACCUGGAAGAUAAAUCCAUAGUGCAUGGAAGCAUUUGUGCAAAGAAUGUCCUGGUUGCAAGUAAACCGGGUGAUAGUCUAUUUGUCAAGCUGGCUGAUCCAAUGUUUGGUACCAAAUAUUACUCGCUUAAGUCACAAAGUGACGCAAGACUUAGUAGAGUACCUUGGACAUCACCAGAACAUCUUGUGGGUGCAAAAAAAGUCACUUUAGCUUUAGAUAAGUUCUCAUAUGGUGUUUUAUGCUGGGAAAUAUUCACUAAGGGCAGAGAACCAUUUAAAGAUAACAGAACUGAAGAUAUCAGACACAAAUACAUCAUAGGUCAACGACCUACAUUAUCGAUACUGCCCAGUGAUAUGUGUGAUAUUAUCGAUGCAUGCUGGCACCAAGAUCCCAAAGAAAGGCCUGCAUUUAAAUCGGUAUUACGAGAUUUACGAACGCUACUCAAUCGUCUAUGUAAUUCAGAUAAUUUAAAUGAUGCAAAAGAAACUUAUAAACGUGCAUGGACACGUUCUGUGUCCGAAACUUUGUACAUGGAUUGCAGCCAGUCUGCUCAUGGUGAAAAUGGUGACAGUGGAGUUGGUAUAACACUCUCUUCUAAUAGACAUGAUACCGUUCAUCCUAGUGAUGCCGACUCUGACAUUGUCAAUGGAGAUGCCCAUCUCUCGCCUGGUCCACUACCGGCAGAGGGACCAGUAUUUGAUGAUAUUGAAGAGGAGCUAGAGGAUUAUAUGAUUGCCCCAGAUGCAUUGGACAUUGGUGACUCCAUCGGAAAUGUAAGCCAUCUCAAACCACUAUGUAUUGAACACUUGCACUUACAGGAUGUGUACUGGUUGAAUGGCAGGGAUCUGUACUGGUUGAAUGGCAGGGGUGUGUACUGGUUGAAUGGUGGGGAUGUGCACUGGUUGAAUGACAGGGAUGUGUACUGGUUGAAUGGCAGGGAUGUGUACUGGUUGAAUGGCAGGGAUGUGUACUGGUUGAAUGACAGGGAUGUGUACUGGUUGAAUGGCAGGGAUGUGCACUGGUUGAAUGACAGGGAUGUGUACUGGUUGAAUAGCAGGGAUGUGUACUGGUUGAAUAGCAGGGAUGUGUACUGGUUGAAUGGUGGGGAUGUGCACUGGUUGAAUGACAGGGAUGUGUACUGGUUGAAUGACAAGGAUGUGUACUGGUUGAAUGACAGGGAUGUGUACUGGUUGAAUGACAAGAAUGUGUACUGGUUGAAUGACAAGGAUGUGUACUGGUUGAAUGACAGGGAUGUGGAUGUGUACUGGUUGAAUGGCAGGGAUGUGUACUGGUUGAAUGGCAUGGAUGUGUACUGGUUGAAUGGCAGGGAUGUGUACUGGUUGAAUGGCAUGGAUGUGUACUGGUUUAAUGACAGGGAUGUGUACUGGUUGAAUGGCAGGGAUGUGUACUGGUUGAAUGGCAUGGAUGUGUACUGGUUGAAUGGCAUGGAUGUGCACUGGUUGAAUGGCAUGGAUGUGCACUGGUUGAAUGGCAGGGAUGUGUACUGGUUGAAUGGCAUGGAUGUGCACUGGUUGAAUGGCAUGGAUGUGCACUGGUUGAAUGGCAUGGAUGUGUACUGGUUGAAUGGCAUGGAUGUGCACUGGUUGAAUGGCAUGGAUGUGUACUGA